GUAGCCCGCUUAUGGACAUCGAACAUAACCGAAUCCUGUUUUGGCAUACUUUUUGAAUACCUGCCUAUUGUCGGCGCGGUUCGCCAAGCAAGAAGUAUAGAAAGCAUCCGCAACUACGGUAGGCUAGUAGACGCAUAGCUACGGCCAGCUACAGUAUGGCCUAACGGCAAAUCUUUGAAAGGAGACUAGAUUUUACUUUGGAAAAAGUUCUUUUUCACAAUCUUGCGUAGUGGAGUGACAUUAGACGUUGUCAACUUUAAGGUAUUGAGAUUCAGCCACCAUGUCCAGAGUGUGUGUGGUUGGGUGUGGGGUCAUCGGAUUAUCAACUGCCAUUGUAGUGCAACAGUCAUUGAAUGCACACGUCACUAUCAUAGCUGAUAAAUGGUCACCUCACACGACAAGUGACGGUGCUGCUGGAUUGGUGGAAUGUAUGCUGGAUAAUAAUACGCCGCAAGAUCACAAACAGAGGGACUGGAUCUUGAGAACUGAAAAAUAUUUGGAAUCUCUGGUUCGGAGUGAAGACACUGGUGCUGCUUGCGUACAGAUCCUCUCAGGCUACUACCUCAGCAAACAUAACACACAGAUAGGAAACUUGUCUCAAUAUGUUAAUGGCUUCAGGAAGCUCAGUAUUAAGGAGAUGGCAGCGUAUUUUCCAAACUACAAUAACGGUUGGUUUGUGACUAUGCUACAACUUGAGUGUCACAAAUACUUGCCUUGGCUAAUGAAUAAGUUUCAAGAACAUGGUGGCAUUUUCAUAAAUAGACAUAUAAAUUCCCUCUCUGAGAUUGCUGGAGAGUAUGAUGUGGUUGUAAAUUGCACUGGACUCGGAGCAAGAGAACUUGGAAAUGAUCCUUCAGUUUAUCCAAUUCGAGGCCAAGUGAUCCGGGUAAAGGCACCAUGGGUGAAGCACUUCAUAAUUGAUAUAGAUGUUGAGGAUAUCAGUAAAGAUAACUACACUUUAUACAUCAUACCAUGCGUGGAUACAGUGGUUGUUGGGGGAACAUUACAAAAAAACAACUGGAAUUUAGAGGUAGAUGCAGUUAAUAGAAAGGACAUUUGGACAAACUGUAGUAGGAUGUUACCAAGUAUUACUAUGGCUGAAGUAGAUCAUGAAUGGGUUGGACUCAGACCAGGUAGGCCCACAGUCCGCUUAGAGCGAGAGACAAAGACGAUAGGACACAAAACGAUACAGGUUGUGCAUAACUACGGUCAUGGUGGACGAGGCGUGUCUAUGCAUUGGGGCUGUGCCAAUGAUGCUGCAAAUCUUGUUAAGGAUGCCAUCAAUGACAACACCAAGAAAAAUAUAUUGAAAAGCAAGAUAUAAGAUGUAAACAAGCGUGUGAUAUGAAUGAAUGAAUAAAUAGAUUUAUACAAUUAAUGAUCAUAUACUAAUUUGAUCAAAGACCAACAGUUUGGGACAUGUUAUCGUCUAGACGCAUGCACAGAUGUAAAAGCAAGCAAGCUUGUACAGUACAGUGGAAGGAGCAGAAAAAUAUUCAGUGUAUGUGUAGUAUUUUAGUGGAACGUACCACCUCAGUGAUUGCGGUUGAUAAAGGAGUAUGUUCUCUAAAUAUGACUGAAUAAAGUAUAUUUUAUUGAACAUAUUAAUCACUAAAAUAAGAACGUAACGUAUUUUAGCAUGUUCUGUGUCCAUAAUUGUUACCAUAUUCUUUAUCAAUAUCUUACCUGCUUUUCUCAAUAGUAUAAAAUCAUUGUUGGCAGAUAGUUCUCUAUUUAAAAGGUAAUUUGUCUUUUAUUUACAAAGGUCUUCAUAAAAAUUAUAGUUAAAGACGUGGCAGUAUUCGAUGUUAUGCUUUAGAAUAUUAAUCUUCUAUUAUGACAAUACUUGCAGAGACUGAUUAUAUUAACGUUAUGAAACGGUACUCGUUGAAUCGAUCCAGAUCCAGCGACGUUCGCACUUCCCUCUAAGAUGUUAAAGUGCUUUUAGCAUACAAAAUAAUUAUACAGAUGUGGUAAAUAGCUAGCAGCCUGUUUUUAUUUUGGGGUAGGGGAAAGAGGGUUCAUUAAUUAGAAUAAUGUCAGGCUAAUCUAAUAUUAUGUUUGGCGUUUAAGUCUCUCGAAGAUGGGUGGAUGACAAAACAGAAUACGACUCCCCCACCCACCUACCCCCUCACAAAUCAUUUACACUUAUGUCAGUUAUGGAGUGUCCUUUUUCUUUCUGGACCCCUUUCUGCAAAUAUGUGGACCCGCUCCAGUAUUCACAUCCUCUCGAAAGGCCGCCAAAGUUGGCCUUUUCGCAAGCAUAGUUAAUAAUAGUGAUAAUAAUAAUGAUAAUAAUAAUUGGUAAAUAAAUGGUAUAUAUAUAAAAUAACUUAUAAUAAUACUACUAAUAAUAAUAUUUAAAAAUAGUAAUAAGGUUUAUAUAGCGCCAUUUAAAUUUACAAGUAACACAUUUCAAUUUUACAAUUAUUAUAAUUAUUUACAAUUCAGAAAAAUGUAGAUUACAAUUAAUUAUUCAAAUCAAUAAAAAUAAAAUAAUAAAACAUCUUUAAUUCAACAGCAAGUUUCCAGAAUUGUACUCGGAAUUUUCCAUCCAAACUCAAAGUCAGACUAAGAGAGAGCUAUUAGUAAUAUUAAUAAUAAAUAAUAAAUUAAUAAAUAAAUUGAGAAUAUAUACUACAGUAGUAUUAGCGGCUAAACCUGAGUAAUAUUGCAGACAUGCAAAUACUUACAGUACUAUACAGCAAAAUUGUCUGAGGCUGAUAUAAUUAUAUGUAUAGAACUAAAAAUAAUGACAAUAUUUUGACAUAUAAAUGAAUAAAAGAUAAUGAAUUUUUAAUAAAACAUUCAAUUGAA